GGGAGAAGAGAGAGAGAGAUCCGUGGCAGCGGCUCCGCCGUGCCCGCGCGUGCUGCGUGCCCCCUUCUUCGCUGGAAAGGUCGGAUCUUCGGGCUUCUCGGGUGCUUUCGCGAGGGGAUCUCGCUGCCGGUCACGGAAAGGCCGGAGUUUUUUUUUUUAAAACUUCCCCUUGUUUCGCGGUGGCCGCGCUGGGGGAGAAGUCGUGAAGCCGUGAACUCUCGCUGCUGCGUUUCUUUAUUGUUACCGGUUACCACCUGCGGUGCGGGCUGCGGCGUCGCUCUCGUGGCGUCCCCAUGUAGCGCCGGGGCACUUGCUUCGCCUCUCGCUGAGCCGUUUUGUCCUCACGCGCAGGGACCCUGAUCGCCUGCUGCUGCUUCUACUUCCCCCCAUCCCCUCCUAUUCUAUUGCCAGCCAGGGGCAGGGAGGAGGGAGCGCAGACGUCGAUUGGGGAGCGGCUCUUGGCCCCCGUUCGAGCCGCCCGUCGCCUCUGAUCUGGACCGGAGGGCGCAGCUCCGCCCAGCAGUUCUUGGUUGGAUUCCGCCGCCGCCGCCUUCUUCUUGAGAGGGGCCUUUGUUGGAGGACCAAGAAAGAUGUCGGGGGCAGUGCUCGUCGCAAUCGCCGCCUCCAUCGGCAAUCUGCUGCAGGGGUGGGACAAUGCCACCAUUGCAGGUGCUGUUCUGUACAUAAAGAAGGAAUUCGAAUUGCAAAGCGAGCCCACUGUGGAGGGGCUAAUUGUGGCCAUGUCACUCAUUGGUGCCACUAUCAUCACCACAUUCUCUGGGCCGGUAUCAGACUGGAUCGGCCGCCGCCCUAUGCUUAUCCUCUCUUCAGUUCUGUACUUCUGCAGCAGCCUCAUCAUGCUAUGGUCCCCUAAUGUCUAUGUCCUGCUGCUGGCGCGUCUUGUAGAUGGAUUUGGUAUUGGCUUGGCUGUCACGCUUGUGCCUUUAUACAUUUCAGAAACAGCUCCUCCAGAGAUUAGAGGUUUGCUGAAUACACUGCCACAAUUCAGUGGUUCAGGUGGAAUGUUCUUGUCAUACUGCAUGGUGUUUGGGAUGUCAUUAUUGCCAUCACCUGACUGGAGAAUUAUGCUUGGGGUGCUUGCCAUACCUUCAUUGUUCUUCUUUGGAUUGACAAUAUUCUAUCUGCCUGAAUCCCCAAGAUGGCUUGUCAGCAAAGGGAGGAUGGCAGAAGCCAAGAAGGUUCUGCAAAAAUUACGUGGGAUAGACGAUGUCUCAGGUGAAAUGGCCCUUCUUGUUGAAGGGUUGGCGGUUGGAGGAGAUACCUCCAUUGAAGAGUACAUCAUCGGCCCUGCUACUGAGCCAGCUGAUGAUCACGUUGCUGAUGGUGAUAAGGAACAAAUCACACUUUAUGGUCCUGAAGCAGGGCAAUCAUGGAUUGCUCGACCUUCCAAAGGACCCAGCAUGCUUGGAAGUGUGCUUUCUCUCGCAUCUCGUCAUGGCAGCAUGGUGAACCCGAGUGUACCCCUUGUGGAUCCGAUCGUCACACUUUUUGGGAGUGUGCAUGAGAACAUGCCUCAAGCUGGCGGAAGUAUGAGGAGUACAUUGUUUCCAAACUUUGGAAGUAUGUUCAGCGUCACAGAUCAGCAUACCAAAAAUGAGCAGUGGGAUGAAGAGAAUCUUCACAGGGACGACGAAGAAUAUGGAUCAGAUGGUGCAGGAGGUGAUUAUGAAGACAAUGUCCACAGCCCAUUGUUGUCCAGGCAGACUACAAGUGCGGAAGGGAAGGACAUCGCACACCAUGGCCACCGUGGAAGUUCUUUGAGCAUGAGAAGGCCAAGCCUCCUGGGGGAGGGCGGAGAGGGUGUGAACAGCACUGGUAUUGGUGGGGGAUGGCAGCUUGCAUGGAAGUGGUCAGAGCGAGAAGGUGAGGAUGGUAAGAAGGAAGGUGGUUUCAAAAGAAUCUACUUGCACGAAGGAGGAGUUCCUGGUUCAAGAAGGGGCUCGAUUGUUUCACUCCCUGGUGGAGGCGAUGUUCCUGAGGGUGGCGAGUUCAUACAUGCUGCUGCUUUAGUAAGCCAGCCAGCACUUUACUCGAAGGAUCUUAUAGAACGGCGCAUGUCUGGUCCUGCCAUGAUUCAUCCAUCUGAGGCAGCUGCCAAAGGCCCAAGCUGGAAAGAUUUGUUUGAACCUGGUGUGAGGCGUGCCUUGUUAGUCGGUGUGGGAAUUCAGAUCCUUCAACAGUUUGCUGGAAUAAACGGGGUUCUCUACUACACUCCACAAAUUCUUGAGCAAGCUGGUGUGGCAGUUCUUCUUUCCAAUCUUGGUCUCAGCUCAGCAUCAGCAUCCAUCUUGAUCAGUUCUCUCACUACCUUAUUGAUGCUUCCUAGCAUUGGUUUAGCCAUGAGACUUAUGGAUCUUUCUGGGAGAAGGUUUCUGCUGCUAGGCACAAUUCCAAUUUUGAUUGCAUCUUUAGUUGUCCUGGUUAUAUCCAAUGUUAUUGACUUGGGUACAGUGCCCCAUGCUGCGCUCUCCACAGUCAGUGUCAUCAUUUAUUUCUGCUGCUUCGUCAUGGGCUUUGGUCCCAUCCCCAACAUUCUAUGUGCGGAGAUUUUUCCAACCAGGGUCCGCGGCCUUUGCAUUGCCAUCUGCGCCUUGGCAUUUUGGAUUGGAGACAUCAUCGUCACCUACAGCCUUCCUGUGAUGCUGAAUGCUAUUGGCCUAGCAGGCGUCUUUGGCAUAUAUGCAGUUGUCUGCUUGAUUUCCUUUGUUUUCGUCUUCCUUAAGGUCCCCGAGACAAAGGGCAUGCCCCUUGAGGUCAUCACUGAGUUCUUUUCAGUUGGUGCAAAGCAGGCGGCUGCAAAGGCCUAAUUCCUUUGGCAGCUUUGCUUGCAACUUUUGCGCUGUAAAUUGCAAACUUGAAGGGAUCUCACCAAGAUGCUUGGGAGACUUUUAUGAGAGAGGAACAGGCAACUGUUCAUGCUCCGUAAGCGACACCGAGAGUUCAUCAAUGGUACAGCAGCUGCUAAGGCAAAUUCCAUGUCAUCUGCCAUCGGUUGUUGUUUAUUAGCAAAGUAUUAGGCAUGUUAUUCGGCUGUGGUUCUUGGUAGAGAUAUUUAGACUAAAGUUAAUGAUCUGAUUCAGUGCUACUAUAUUUAAGCCCCAAUAAAGUAAAUACAGUUUUGCAUAUCCUCUUGUCAACUUUUGCACCGUUAAAUUUUGUAUUAUUUGCUAGAAAUAGGAUGUGAUGGGCUGAUGGCAUGCGAUGUCAAAUUUAUGUGAUUGUUGUAAUAUAUGCUACUGCUUUUUCUCCUAUCUUUAAUUGAAAGGCGUUUAC